AGGCACAUGACAAAUCGCAGUGAUCGACAGAGACCAUCCAGAAUUUCCGGCUCCCUCUUAAAAACACAAACCUCAAUCCAAAUCCAAACCCUUCUUCCCACAGUUUAUCCAGACUCGGGGUUUCUUUGGAAAUCCAAAUCCAUCACUUCUGUCCAGAACCCUCAAAUUUUACGAGCCAAAACCAAAACACUUUCCCUGAAAAAUAAAAAAUAGAGCUUUAAGAAUUACUGAUGCAACCAGUUCUUCAUUUGCUUCAAUUCUUCCGAUGACGAUCUUCAACGUUUGCCGCAGCCUUCGAGACUCGUCAUGCCGAGCAUUCGACUGGUGCUGCCGGUGUCUUCCUUGCCUCUCCGAUCCCGCUCGGAGGUCUGCGUUGGGUUUAAAGGCUGCAUUGGUGAUGCUGCAUCUGAUAUAUGCCGGUGUUCUUUUUCUGUUUGAUGGAGGUUUGAUAGAGAAAACUAAAAGAGAACCAUGGUAUACAGGAGCAUAUUUGGCUCUUUUUGUCAUUACAUUGAUUCAAUACUUUGUUACUUCUGGUUCUUCUCCUGGCUAUGUCCUUGAUGCAAUGAGGACAGUGAAUGAGGCGAAUUCAAUAUUUAGAAGGACGGCGACAGUUUCAAAACAGCCUGCUUCAAGUAAAGGAAGCGUGGUUGUGACAGUGGAAGGCAGUCAGUUGGGAAGAUCCCUUCUUAAAGAUAAUGGAACACCUUGGAGCAAACUUGUGCUGGACUUGUAUCCUCCCGGAACAUCGGUUAGAAGUUUGACUUGCUCCUACUGUAAUGCUGAGCAGCCUCCAAGAUCAAAGCAUUGUCAUGAUUGUGACAGAUGCGUUCUACAGUUUGAUCACCAUUGUGUUUGGCUUGGAACAUGCAUUGGUGUGGGUAAUCAUUGUAAAUUUUGGUGGUACAUUUGUGAAGAUUCUGCAUUGUGCAUCUGGACUGGCAUCCAGUAUAUCACAUACCUGAAGAGUAAUAUCUCAAGUGCUUGGUGGAAGGAUGCCAUCAUGAUUGUGCUGUUGGUUACCUUGUCCAUUUCACUAUUCUUUCUCCUCCUCUUGCUACUGUUUCACAGCUAUCUUAUUCUUACCAAUCAAACCACCUACGAGCUUGUAAGACGUAGACGUAUCACAUACUUAAGGGGAAUUCCUGAUAGAGUAUAUCCUUUCAGUAAAGGAAUGUGCACAAAUUUAUACGAGUUUUGCUGUCUUCAAAGCAGUAAAUUCAGAAUGGAAUCAAUACCAACAGCUCUGGAACUUGAAGAAAAAUCAAGACCUUAUACAUGUACGGAUGUUGUAACAUGUCGAUGUUGCUGACACUGAAAUUGUACCAUGAAUUUUUUUCAUUGACCUCGUGUUUGUUGAGAGCUCCAUCCAGAGGCAUAUCAGUGCAUGCAUUUGCUUAGAUAGCCCCGAGAUAUGGCAACCACGGAAGUUUGGGUUGAAACUGGUUGAGGGUGGAUAGUUUGUACUGCAUUUUAGGCUAGAUCUCUAGGCUUGUUCAAUGUUAUACCGUCUGUUUUUGACCCUAUGGUCUUUGAAGGAUGUAAGAUACGAAAUGUUUGUGCCGGUUUAUACAGCAGUGAACAAUUUUCGUUACUACUAUA